GUUUCCUCUGUGCGUGACGCAUCCAUGUCAAACAUACGAAAGUGUUCUCACUGGUAAUUGGCGUUGUGCUAUAGGUAUGGACACCACAUAUUAACAAAGUUCACUGCACGUAAGUAGGAAAAUGUAAAAACGUUGUUGAUGAGCACGUGCGAUGGCGAGCAAGGCGCUAACGACCCUGGCGGGGCCCACGGCUGGGGCUCCAACGCACACCCCGUCAGCAAGCCAAUCUUUGCCAACAUUCCCAACCACUGCAACUUACACCACCACGGCCUCCCCUGACAACACCACCACUGCAAAACCACCGACGGAAGAUGAUGGCUUCUGCAAACUCAUACUCUACAUGGAGAUUGGAGACUCUAGGACACUUAGACAACAAGACCAGCAUUAGGCGUGUCCUGGUGGUCACCUCGAUGAUUGCCCUGCCGUACUCUGUGGUGCAAGGGGCGCUGGAGGUCCUCACGCCAGACCAAGACUUCUAUGUUCCUGCCAAGGACUAUGACCUCUUUGGUCACGGUGGAUCGCUCUUCUGGAUGAUAUCAUCCAUUGUCUUUACGCUGAUCUACUCAUUCAUCUUGGUGUUGAGACUUGACUGGCUGAGAAAGCGUUUCUUAUUCCUUCUGUGGAUGCCAAUGAAACGUGCCUUCUACGUGUACCUUGGGUUCCUAGCUGGUCUUAACCUAAUCCAGAGCAUUGGGAGUGGCCUCUACCAUGCCCAUAUUGCUGUGGGUUUGUGCCUAGUCAAUGCCACCACUUGGACUUACUUUUCCCUCCUGACACCCCUUAUAUACUACACAUUCAUAUCAGAAUUCUUUGGUCAGAAAAGUCGGGAGCAAGUUGAGAAUAUUGUUUUCUCAUAUAAGUCUGAAGAUGAUGAGGACACCAGUUCCCUGCCUCUUCCGGGUGCUGAGUUCCCACAGCAAAAUAUUUACCAGUCUGGAAGUGCUCCAUACAGCAGCCUGUCAGAAGAGGUUGGGAGUGAUGGCCAGACUCCAGUUAAUCCCUUAUACUCUGCUUCCCUCCAGAGCCCAGACUCCAUCACUGGAUAUUCCAUCAACUCCGUCGAUGAUAUUACUAUUAAUGCUUAUAAUAAGUCUCAGGCACAGUGAAACUGGUCAUAAUCAAUGUAAAGUAUGCAGAUUUGCAUCAGUAGACCAAAAUAUUUGGUCUUAAAUGUAUGUGAUGUUACUCUACAAUCCAAAGACUUUGAUAAGGACACAUUGGAAGAAUAAUGUUGAAAAUUAUGUUUUAAUUGUGUAAAUGAAUGAAUGAUGUCUAUUUUAAUUGUGGAAAUGAUUGAAUGAAUUGUCUUAAUUAUGUAAGUGAAUAACUGAGAUUGUGUAUGUAAAUGAGUAUGUGGGAAAGAGCAUUUAAUGUAGUGAAUGACUGAAUGAAUAAGUGAAUGAUCAUAUUAUUAUUAUUAUAAUUAUUUUGUGUGUGUGUGUGUGUGUGUGUGUGUGUGUGUGUGUGUGUGUGUUUGACUUUGUCAGUGGAUAUGUGUGCGUGUGUGUGUGUGUGUUUGUGGACAUGUGCCUGUGUAUAUGUAUAUAUGUGUUUGUUUGUUGUGCACAUAUUUGUACAUGAGUAUGCAUGUAUAUGUGUACUAGCAUAUGGUUUCACUGAUAUAUGUGUGUAUGAUUGUCUUUACAUUUUUCAACUCAAGCACACAUACACACAUAUAUAUAUUAUACAGUAUAUAUAUUGUAUAUACUUCAUCAACUUCCAUCUCCAUUAUUGUCUUCAGAAGUUGCAGCAUAAAGGUUAUUUUGUACAUUGACUGUAAAAUUACAUUUUUUAUUAUUAUGAUUUCUUGUAACCUUUCAUAUUAACUGUGAUCCAUCCAUAUUUCAGAAUUAUAUUUGUGUUAUAGUGUUACAGGUAAUUAUUAUUAUUAUUACUGUUAUACAUUUCAGUCUAGUUUAUGUUUUCUGACCAUGUUUCUCACAUAUCUGUCUAGGUAUGAAGAAACUACUUUUGAGCUUGUUAGAGAUACUCAUUAAUACACAAAAUUGAGUCAGUUUUGUUUGGUAAUAUGAACAUUAUUUUAAUUAAAAUUUUGUAUGUAUAGAAUUAUUCUGUACAUACAGAAUUCUAAUGAGCAGUGAAGUAAAUUUCUUUGAUUAAUAUUGGGAAAAUUAUUAGUUAAUUUUUAGUGGGAACCUUGAAAGAAAAUAGGUUAGUAGAUUGAAGAAUUGUGACAAAGCACAGGCAAUAUAUACUUGUAUAUUACUUACUAAUCUUAAAGUUUAAUAAUAACAUGUUAAUCAUUAUAUGCUAGUAUAAAACCACUCAGAUGGUUGUUUUAUACAAAAUCAUAGGACUUUUCAUUCCAUUAUCACUCACACUCACUGAUAUUCUUAAGUUGUGUAUCUUUGCUUUUUUUCUUUUGCUAGUCUCUCUUACACACAUGCAAUUAUUAUGUGUGUAUGAACAUGCAUACACACACCACUCCUGGACUUGCAUACCCACACACACUCAUACUCACAAUCACAAUGACACUGAUACUCGUACUUAUUCUUUAACUCACUCACACAUUCAUAACUCAGUCACCACUUACUUACUAACUCACUCAUUACUCACACUUAUUCAUGCUCAUACACCAACUCAAAUGUACUCAUGCACUCACAUGUACUUUCACUCACUCACUCACUCACUCAUUCACUCUCACUGUCUCACUCUAUCAGUCAUGAACUCUUUCAGUUAGUCAGUCAUCCACUUGCUUAGUUACUCACUUGGUCACCUACACUCACUCUCACUCUCACUCUCACUCUCACUCUCACUCUCACUCUCACUCUCACACUCAUAUGCACACACACACUCAAAUGCUCACUCUCUCUCUCUCACUCACUCCCUUUUAUUUGCAUUAACAUUGGCAAACUCUCAAAAUGUAUUUUUUGCACCUUGUGAUAAAUAUGGUAAUUGUUCCGUAAACAUAUGAAAAACAGUGUAAGCUGAACAAUAGGUUGAUAUAUUCAAGCA